AUGUCAGGGUGGUGGCUGGUAGUUUUGCUAGCAGCGAACGCUGCGGCGGCGGGAACGCGUCUGCCGCGCACGUCUCUUCCCGGUUCUGCGCCCGCGUCGUCUCCUUCGACGCCCCCGCGUUUGCCCCAAAGAAACUUCACCAUUUCCUCGCGCUCUUCUGUCAGAAACAGAGAGCAAUACAUUUUCAACGUGUUUGAGGUCAUCGUCAGCACUUUGGAAACAAAAUUGCAGAGAAUAGAAAAUCUAGACAAAGCCGUAGAACAUCUCAUGCGAAGAGUGGAGGCUUUAGAUUCUAGAGUUAAUGAUAACAUACACAAAACGGAUGCUAUUAUAUCAAAAUUAGGAAACCUAGACUUUAAAUUGUUCAGCAGAAUUGGCCAGGAUGAAGAAGAAAUUGCAACAGAGAAUAUAAACAAAAGACACAAUGAUAACAGAAUAAGCAAUACGCAAUUACUUGAUAAAAAACUAGAAUCUUUAGAUCAAAAAGUAUCUGACAUUGACUCAAAAUUGGUGGGCCUUAAAACCCAAAUAGACAACAACUUCUUACCAGUAGAUGACAUUAAUGCCGAAGCGAGUGAGAAAAAGCCUGUUAACCUUAACGUGAUUGAGAUCGCUAAAGGUCUUAAUACAGAAGUCAUUAAUGAAAUAACAAAGGAAGUAGAUCAAUUAAGGACUUCGAUGACGACGGUUGAUAGAAAAUUGCAAUUUCAUAUUAACCUCGUUUCGGAAAAUUUAGGUAAAGUUUUAUAUAUGAUGGCCGAUGUACACGCCGCUAUAGUCGAACCCGAGUCGGCAUCAAUCAACAUAAAUACAAUUUUCAAAAACCGUACAUCAACGAGCACACCUUCACCAGUUUCGAAGGCUAACAAAAUAGAUACACUGGUUAACAAAAUCAUUCCAAUGAUGAGCGUUUCAGAAAAAAUGGACGAAGUGUGGGACGUUGUAGUUGGUACAAAGAGUUCCGUAGACGAUUUAGUACCUAAAUCAGAUGAACUAUUAACUCAAACACAGAGGCAAGAGAGGGCAAUCGGCCAAAUUCACAACGACUUACGUGUAAAAACAAAUCUCAUAAUAGAAAACUUGGAUAUGGUCGAGAAGAGGCUUAAGAAACAAGAAGAUGACGUGGCAACUCUUGCACAGCGGCCGGUGCCUGCAGAAUUGCUUCUGGACCCAACAAUAGACCGCUUAGUUGAAUAUGCGCCAAAUAGGUACAGGGUAGACGAGCCCUCAACUGACCCAAGCACCAGUACAGCUGCGUUCACAACACCACCCACGCCGUCAGGAAAUAACAGCUCGAGUCAAAGCAGUGCAACAGUUACCGUCACACCAGCGAGUACUGGGCCCACAAGUCCACGCCCAAGCAGUCGUAAAGGAGGCAUUAUUUUCCCAAGCGUCAAAAACAAACCUAUAGUUGGCAACAACACUUUCGCCUCAGAAAUUGUCGCAAACUAUAAGGAUGUGAAAGGCUAUUCCUGCGUCGAUCUUUUGAAUGGAGGCAUGCGGGAAUCAGGGGUAUACUAUCUGCAAAUUAGAGGCACCACUUACUGGUUCCUGAAGGUUUUCUGCGAACAAGCCAUAGCUGAUGGUGGAUGGACGGUAAUUCAUCGUCGUGACGACUAUGGGACACCGUCAGAGAAUUUCAACAGGGACUGGAGUGACUACAAGAAUGGCUUUGGUGACCCUAGUAAAGAGUUCUGGCUCGGGAACGAGAACAUAUAUAUGCUGACCAAUAAUGAUGACUACAUGUUACGCGUUGAACUUGAAGAUUUUGAUGGCAAUAAGAGAUACGCUCAGUAUUCGCACUUUAAAAUCUACUCCGAAGCUGAAUACUAUAAGUUAGAGAUAGAUGGCUAUGAGGGGAAUGCGGGUGACUCUCUAAAUGAUCCUUGGUAUGGAUCAAACAAUAGCCCUUUCUCAACAUACAACAGAGAUAAUGACAGAUCAUCAUUAAACUGCGCCUCCAUGCUCAAAGGCGGGUGGUGGUGGAAGUCAUGUGGGCGCGGACUCAAUGGCCUUUAUCUACACGACCCUCAAGACCUCACAGCAAGACAAGGCAUUGUAUGGUUCCGAUGGAGAGGAUGGGACUAUACGUUGAAGCGAGCAUCUAUGAUGAUAAAACCGAAAGGUAUUCAGCCUGCCACGUGA